AUGGGAAACAUAUUUCACUGCUGCCGCAAGGUGUCUGAUUUUAUUCAAGGUAAGAAAUUUGGUGACCAGACCGAGGAGUGUUCUGCUCUUCUAUACAGAGAGAAUAGUGAUAUAGAAAGCCUCCCUUCUUCAAGGACCUCUGCUUCUCCUGUUUUGGACCAAGAUCACCUCCUUUUCCCAGAUAUUGUGCUAAGCAGCAACCUUGGGACAACUCUGGUCAGAGAGGACUCAAUUCAGCCAUUCGAGCUCCUGUUGGCAAAAAGGGAACAAGCACAAGAUGUCAGGAAAGAAGAUAGAGUGGGUGAAAGCAAUCUAUGGAAUGGAGGAGAGCGAGAAGGAGGGGUGGUGGGGCAGCCAAGCACAAAAAUCAGUUAUAAGGAGCUCUUACAUACAGGCACAAAUCAAUCAUAUUCCACAGAGGACGAAUGGCCCUUGCUGACUUCCCUAUACCUGGUACCUAUAAAAACAACUGCUGCUAAUGAUGUUCUGCAACAAAACCGAAUAUGCACUCAUGUACAGGGAAUAGACAGCUGUAAAACGUUUCUUGGGCAACGUCCUGAACGUCCUUUACUUCCCAAGAAGCAAAGACAAGCACAAAACUGGGAAUUAUUAGCACAACCAGGUGACGCCGAGGACCAGGCUGAGCAGCAGCAUAAUGCACAGUCUGUCGUGAGACUAGAAAUGAAUAUGAUAAAGACCGAGCAUGUUAAUGAGCAAAAAACAUCUGAUGUGGUGCAACAGCCAAUGGAAAUGGAAGAACACCUGACAGACACUAGCUGUGGGAUGGUGGAGCAUGAAUUUGGGGAGUUGGAGCAAAGUCUAACACAGAUGGACCAAGAUCCGAUAUGGACAAAGAAGGAUGUAGAACAGAAGCAGUGGGACCUGGAUGCCCUAAACCAGAGCCAAAGACCAUCACUGCAGGAUUCUGGACUAACCCAAUUAGCACAGAGACCAGACCAGACAGAAUGCUUGACCCUUUGCAUGGUUGAUAAGCAGUUCCUGGCCACUCCAAACUUUACAGAACCUGACCCUGACACCAUUCUCAGUGGCAAUGUGCUGGACACUCAAGCAAAUAAUAUGACAGAACAGGUCGACUGUGGCAUCGAACAACAAGAGCUACAUGCUGCUGUUCCUGACAUGGACCCAUCUGACGAUGCAGGGUUCACCAUCAAGAUCCAGGCUCCAGGCACAGAACCCACUGACUUCCAGGUAUCACCUUUAGCGAUGGUACAGGAGAUCAAGCAAGUAAUGAUGGACCGGGAGGAGACCUGUCAGCGUACCUGUUUCUCCAUGCAGCUGAAUGGUGUCACGCUUGACAACUUUACCCACCUUAGAUCCAUUCCAGGCCUUCAAGAGGGCUCAGUUCUGAGGGUUGUGGAGGACCCAUACACAGUUCGAGAAGUGCGCAUCCAUCUACGCCAUGUCAGAGAUCUUUUAAAGAGCCUGGACCUUACUGAUGGCUAUAAUGGAGUGGAGGGCUGCUCACUGUCAUUUCUCAGCUAUUUCACAGAAGAACAUACGGACGAGAACUACAAGCCUAAAAGAAGAGGUGAUGGGAUGAAGCAUGCUGUCUGCAGCCCUCCAGAUCACAUUCUUCCUGGUUGUAAGGUGCACCUACUGGUACCCCUGCAUCCUCAGACUAACUUUGGGAAGCUAACAGAGUGCUUGAAGGUUCUGAGCAUGAGUAGCUGGAAUCCACCUCCUGGAAACAGAAAGAUGCACGGAGACCUCAUGUAUCUUAAUGUGGUCACCAUGGAAGACAGACACUUCAGCAUAACAGCGUCAACUCGUGGGUUCUACGUAAAUCAGUCUACAGCAUACAGCUUCAAUCCAAAACCAGCCAAUCCCAGUGCCCUCAGUCAUGCUCUGCUGGAUCUCCUGAGUCAGAUCAGUCCCAUUUUUAAGAAGAACUUUAGUGCCUUGCUGAAAAGAAGAGAAUCUACACACCCUUUUGAAAGGAUUGCCACACCUUUCCAGGUGUUCAGCUGGACAGCUCCAGCACUUGACCAUUCAAUGGACUGUGUUAGAGCAGAAGAUGCCAGCUCCAGCCUGGGUUAUGAAGAGCACAUUCCUGCACAGGCCCGUGACUGGAAUGAAGAGCUUCAAACCACAAGGGAGCUUCCUAGGAACAACCUGACUGAUCGUCUGAUGCGAGACAGAGCCAUGUUUAAGGCUAACAGUGAUUUUGUGAGCACAGCCACUCGAGGAGCCAUGGCAGUAAUAGAUGGUAACGUGAUGCCCAUCAACCCUAGAGAAGAACCAAAACAACAGUUGUUCAUCUGGAACAACAUGUUCUUCAGUUUAGGCUUUGAUGUGCGGGAUCAAUACAGAGAUUUGGGUGGGGAGGCUGCCGCCCAUGCCGCCCCCAUUCUCGACCUGAAUGGCGUGAGGGCUUACUGGGCAGUGGAUUCCGAGGGCCUGUAUCUGCUUGGCACUGCAGUGAUUGAUUACCAUGGCUACCGUGUCACUGCGCAAACUAUCGUGCCAGGAAUUCUUGAGCGUGACCAAGAACAGAGUGUUAUCUACGGCUCCAUCGACUUUGGCAAAACCGUUGUCUCUAAUGACAGGUAUCUGGAGCUGCUUGACAAACCCAGUAAGAAGCUGAGAGUGCAGAGGCACUUAGUGCUAAACAAUGAUGAUACAGCGGUCGAGUUGUGCUCCUCUGUGGAGCACAAGGGGAUUGUGGGUAAUGAUGGGCGUCACUACAUCCUGGAUCUACUUUUUACCUUCCCACCUGACCUCAACUUCCUUCCUGUGGAGGAUUUAAAUCCUGUGAGUCAACAGUUGGGUUUCCCAAAGCAACAUCCUCAUCGCCUGGUCUGUCUGAGACAGGAGCUCAUUGAGGCCUUUGUUGAGUACAGUUACCAGAUAUUCACAGAGACGGUUUCACAAAGUACUGAGAAUGACGUCGGCAAACCUGUUGGCACAUCUCCAGUACAGAGUGAUUCCAGUACCUCCACGAAGCUCCCCUUAACUGCUGUGGCACUUACAGAACAGUAUGAAGAAACUGAUCCUCUAAAAACUACACCUUUAAACAAUAUCCAGCAGGGUUCUUCAAUUAAGCAUAUCUUCUCCUCUCUCCGGAAUACCUCUGAUAUACAAUUCAACCCUAACAUCUUCUCUGCAGGUGUCCGUUUUCCCAAAGAAAGUAUAAAAGAUAUCCAGAAACAGACACAGCAGCUAAAAGAUGCUGCAGCCUUCUUGAUUUCCAAUCAAAUCCCUGCCUUUACUAAGAGUUGCCUUAACCACACAUUAAUACCUAUGGAUGGCAUCACAUUAACUGAGGCUCUGCAUCAGCACGGCAUCAAUAUUCGCUACCUGGGCACCGUGCUUGAAUAUAUUGAGAAGUCACCCCAGAAAGAAAGACUUGAUCAUGUCUAUAGAAUUGCACUAUGUGAGCUGAUCACGAGAUGCGCAAAACAUCUGUUUAAGACAAAUCUUCUGGCAGUGGAACCAUCUGCACUCUCUGCCUCUGUCAGCCGUUUUCUAAACUGCUUCCUUAACUCAUAUGCGAACGCUGGGAUCAUUCAACAACACGACAAGUUGUCUUCAACACGCAGGAGUCGGAGAAGACGGAGUCGUGCGACGGUGGGUGGUACCAUCACAGCCUGGUCCAACCUGACACCGAGCGACCUCUGGGGGGCCAUCAAAGCUGAGACUACGGAGUACUACCAUUACAGUUUGCCUUGUGGAAGCGUGGAGGAGGCCGUGGAGAAAUGCAGACUUCAGAGGAUCACCCUGCUCAGAGAGAUUGCCAUCAAAACUGGAAUUCAGAUCCUUUUAAGAGAAUAUCACUUUGAUUCUGAACAAACACCAGUAUUCACUGAGGAGGACAUCCUUAAUAUUUUCCCUGUAGUGAAGCACAUCAACCCAAGGGCCAGUGAUGCUACUUAUCUCCUACUUUGUGGUCAGUCUAAAACACAGCAAGGUUGUCUGAAAGAGGGCUGUGAGUUAAUCAGUCAGGCUCUGGGUCUCUUCACUAACGUGUAUGGUGCACUGCACCAGGAUGUCUGCACUUGUCUACGGCUGCUGGGACGCAUACACUACAUCCUUGGCGACUAUGCUGAGGCUCUCAGUCACCAGCAGAAGGCAGUACUGAUCAGUGAGAGGGUUCUGGGACUUGAGCAUCCCCACACUAUACAGGAAUAUAAGCAUCUUGGUCUUUAUUGUUUUGCUGGUGGGCAGCCAGCAAUUGCUUUGCGACUGCUUUACCGUGCUCGCUACCUGAUGAUCCUGGUAUGUGGAGAGGACCAUCCUGAGAUGGCUUUAUUGGAUACUAAGAUAGGUCUUGUGCUGCAUAGUAUGAUGGCCUGUGAUCACGCCCUGAAGUUCCUGGAGAAUGCCCUUGCACUGACCUCCAAAUAUCAGGGUCCCUCAUCUCUUAAACUAGCACAAAGUCAUCACUUAUUGGCAAAGGUGCAUGAAAGUAAAGGUGAUUUCCGUGCUGCUCUGAGUCAUGAAAAGGAGCGCUACAGCAUAUACAGGAAGCAGGUCGGAGAAGCACAUGAGAAGACCAGUGAGAGUUCAGAGUACCUUAAACAUCUCACACGUCAGGCAGUGAUUCUACAGAAAACAAUGAACUGGAUCUACAAGACUGGCUCAGACACUAAUAUUUCCCCUCUCAAUCUGAAUGCUCCAAGUCGUGUUUGGAUCGUGGAGCAGCUAAAUCUAGUCACUGGAAUUGUCCUUGUUCCUCUUGGGUCUGAAGACCUUGAGAAACUCAGCACUGAUGCCCAGAAAACAAGACAGCUCACUAAACUCGAACAAAAUUAUGUGCAGUCAGUGGAGGAUCUGCAGGGGCUUUCUGAGGACCACAAAUAACAUAGAAAGCAACUGUAUACGCAAGAUGACAUAAAAUAAAACCCUAAUAAGUUGACUUUACUCAAUUUAUAAUAAUUUUAAUUGAACUGACUCAAAUUUAGAUCAUACAACAACACAGCUCAAAUAAACAAGAUUAUUACUGAUUCUAGGUCAAUCAUUAAAUAAACAUAUUUCUCCACAAACAUGCCUCCACUUCAGUUGCACAUGCACAAAGACAACUGGGAUAGUGUUAACAGGGUCCAAUUUGACCAAAGUGGACACAGAUCACCCUAAUGAUGGCAUCACAUGAAACAACUAUUUGCAAAAAAACAACAUAAAUAAUUCUCCAAAUGUGAAUUAAAUGCCCCCAUAUGUUCCCUUUGACCAAGAUCAUAUAAUUAAAUAAUCCAAGCGCAAGGCAUUAUGGUUAUUCCCUAUAGCCUACAUUUUGUACUCAAUAGUUUGAAUUGUUAACAUUAAGUCUUAAGUGUAAAAAAAUAAGUUCAAAGAACAUAGAUAUUUGAGUUUUGAGCCCAAAUCUUGACAUUUCAAGAAAUGUUUUUUUUCCAGUAAUUACAGCAUUGGUGUUUACAGUAGUAAAAGGACUUCAAAAACUGAAAGUGAACAAUCAGAUGUGGUAAAUAGUGUUCUAGAUCUUCUAGCUGAGGUUUUAAAAUAUUAAUAUAAAAUAAACAAUUAAAAAGUGCAAAUAAACUUCUAAUCUUCGUGCCAUUUCAUCUUAUAGUUUUGAUGAUGAUGAAACUCAAGAUAUGUGGAUCUAUUGAAGAAAAUAUACCUCCCUUUAAAAGCAUGAGUGUAUCUAACUAAUGGUUUUGCACAUUUGUAAACUGGACUGUUUAUGGUUCUUUGUAUGUCUAUCUUUGAAUGUUUAUGUGCACUCUAUCUGGAUAGCUGAGAAGCUGAAUGGCCACAGAACAGUAUGGAGGGCUAAAGCAUGCGUUUCAGACCUGACUGAGUUUGGCUUGCUUUCAAUUAAUGAAAAGGCCAAGAAAUAGCCUACUAUUAUUGCAUUGUGACAAAAUGCUAAUGCAAAUA